AUGGAAAUGAUCCAGACACUGCAGACAGAAAUCACCUGUGGGAUCUGUGGGACCUACUUUUCUCAGCCAGUCACCAUGGAGUGUGGGCACAGCUUUUGUCAAGCAUGUCUCCCCUGGAGCUGGAGACUUGGAGCUACAUAUUUCACUUGCCCUCAGUGCAGGCAAGUUUCCCAAAGCAGAGAAUUCCCAGCAAUCAAUGUGUUCCUGGAAAAAGUGACUAAUGUUGGUAAGCAGCUCAUCUUCCAUUCUUUGAAGAGAACUGAAGGCCAGAGUCUGUGCCCCACUCAUAAGGAAGUGGUCAAGCUCUUUUGUGAGGAGGACCAGACAUUUCUCUGUGUGCAUUGCUCCCAAACAGCAGAGCAUGGAACUCACACCUUAUCUCCUGUAGAAGAGGCUGCUCACAAGUACAGGGAGAAGCUCCAGGAGAUCUUGAGCAAUCUGGGGAAGCACUGUGAAGAAGCAGAGAAAAUGCUUUCUCAGGAAGAGAUAUCUUUUGUCCACUGGAAAUGUAUGACCAUGGGAGAAUACAACAGACUUCACCUCUUCCUGUGUAAGGAAGAAUUUCAUUGCUCAGAAAGACUGGAGGAAGAGCAAAAUUCCAGGGAAGAAAGACUAUCCCAGCACAUCCAAAGCCUUCAGGAAUUCAUAGAAGAACUGUUGGAAUCUAGCCUCAAAUCCGAUGUUGAGCUGCUGCAGGAUGUCAAGGACUUUUUGAGAAGGAGUGAAUCAAGCAUGUCCCAAAGGCUCAAAGUUGUCAUCCCAGAGUUGAGACAGUAUCCCUUGCCUGGGAUGAUUGAGAUCCUCAACAAAUUCAGGGUGGACAUCAGAGUGGAUCCUCAAUCAGCCAAUCCCUGUGUGAUUGUUUCUAAAGAUCUGAGGAGUCUGUGGGCUGCAGAGGGCUGGCAGGGGGAGCUCAACCAUCUCGAAGACCCUGCUCACCAUUAUGUCUUUGCUGAGCAGACACUCAGCUCAGGCAGAUACUACUGGGAGGUGGAUGUGACCCAAGUGCCUCAGUGGACACUGGGGAUCCAUGCUCCAAGUGUUAGAAGAAGUAGAGAAGAUAGCCAAGACUCACAUAACUCUGUGUUCCUGCUUCGCUGUGUCAAGAUGGAAGAUGUUUACUGCUUCCAAACUUAUCCAGGAUUUUUAAACCAUCAAGGGAAAGACCCCAUCCCCAGGAUUGGGAUAUACCUAGAAUUCAGUUCUGGAACUCUAGUCUUUUAUAAUGUUCUCCAAAGUGCCCUCAUUUAUAGAUUCUCUCUUAAUGGGCUCUCACAACCUGUGAGACCAAUCUUUUCUCCAGGACCUCCACUUCCAGGAACGAAGCCUGGUCCCAUGACUAUCUGUCCAGUGAAGACUCAUCUUUGUGCUGGAUGCUAUUCAUCUCUCUGA